ACCCUCGCAUUCCUCCAGCCGGAGCGCCGCGCCACCAUGCUCCGGCGUCUCCUCCGCCGCCUCUCCACCACCGCUGAGGGCGCCGUCACAGCCUCCCCCUCCUCAUCCCCAUCGCAAUCCCAGUCGGUGCCAGAUGGCUUGUACCGCCGCAUCAUGGAUGUUGGACGCCCAAACGCCCCGCUGUCCCCCGUCCUGGAGCAGUGGGCUCGAGAGGGCCACACCAUCAAGAAGCACACCGUCCAGGCCAUCGUCAAGAAGCUCGUCGGCCUCCGCCGCUUCGCCAACGCACUCGAGCUGUCGUUCUGGAUGACGGACCGGAGGCACCUCCACCUGACGGCCGGUGACGUCGCGUACCGGCUGCAGCUGAUCAGCAAGGUGCACGGCCUUGAGAAAGCGGUCGAGUACUUUGGCAUGGUGCCGAAGCAGCUGAGGAAGCAGCAGUGCUAUGGCUCCCUCCUUAAAUGCUAUGUGGAGGCGAAGGACGUCGAGAAGGCUGAACAGCUCUUCACCAAGAUGGAGGAGAUGGGGAUGAAGAACUCUUAUGCAUACAAUUGCAUGAUGAAUCUAUUCUUGCAGACUGGGAAGCUCGAAAGGGUGCACGCCAUGUUCCAGGACAUGGAAGAGAAAGGCGUCAAGCCUGAUAUUUUCAGUGUGGAGAAUCUAGUAGCUGCGUACAUUGCUGCUGAAGAUUUCGAGGGAGUUCAGAAGGUGCUCAACAAGGCCAAUCCGCGCGAGAAGCUUUUGAGUUGGCAUGGAUAUGCUUCAGCAGCAAGAUUGUUUAUGAAAUCUGGGAUGCAAGUAAGGGCUGUCACGGCUCUUCUGGAAGCGGAGAGGCGUAUAUCUCCCGAGAAUGGUAGGAUCGCAUACAGUUUCUUGCUCAAUGCAUAUGCUGAUUUGGAGAUGUAUCCAGAAGUCGAACGCAUUUGGAGUGUCUACAAAUCCAAAGUGCCACCGUGCAAUUCGAUGUACAUGUCCAGGAUAAGUGUGUUACUCAAGAAGAAUGAUAUCGAUGGGGCUGAAGAAGCAUUGGAAGAGUGGGAAAGGGUCUGUGUUCCUUAUAAGGAUUUCAGAUUAAUCAACUUAGUGGUUGAUGCUUACUGCAGAGAAGGUCUAGUAGAGAAAGCAGUAGCUCGGGUGGAUGACACCAUCAAGAAAGGAAUGACACCUUUUGCUAAUACUUGGUAUAAGUUGGCUGGUGGAUUUUUUAUGACUGGUCAGGUGCAGAAGGCAGUGGACAUGACAAGGAAGGCUCUUGCUUCUGCAAGUUCUCCAUGGAAACCUGACCUGGCAAAUGUGCUAACGAGCCUGAACCAUUUCAUGGACCACAAGGAUGUAGAAGCAGCCGAGGAGAUGGCGAGUAUGCUGCAGAAGCUGAUUCCUUUGACUAGGGAUGUUUAUCAUAGUUUACUGAAAACUUAUGUCCGUGCGGGAAAGCCAGUGUCCGACUUGCUUGAGCGUAUGAAGAAAGAUGGCCUUGAGGCUGAUGAGGAAACAGAUAGGAUCCUCGCAGGAGAAUGCGAGUAGAUAUGCACCGUUGUGCACUAAAUGGUCUCCUUUCUCUGUUCAUUUUGUUCCCCGUUUUUUCUUCAGUUCUCAUUAAUUUGGCGCAUGUCACAUUAAAUAUCACAAUCUCUUGUCUGUGAUGGCCUCACAGAGCAGCAGUGAUGUGAGCGACUUAUACAGUACUGAUAGGAUGAGAUGCAAUGGAAUGAAACCAUUCAUUUUUAACUGAGUUUUAGGGCAUAAUGCUUAUGUUUCCUGUAAUCUGACAAAUAUUUCUUUUUAGUCCACAUUACCCCCAUCUUUGCAUAUCUUUUUUAAUUCUUUCAUUAUAUGUAUUGAGUUUCAUCCUCAUUUCUUCAUCAAAUGCUUGCCCUGAUUCUCAUAUUUCUUGUUCAGUAGAUGAACUCCUGGAGUAUCAGGUGAUAGCUUCCCCAUGCGCAUGGCCGUGAGCUGUAGAAGUGAACUGCACAUGCUUGAGCGCCUAACUAACCUCCUGAAGGCAUAUGGGCAGCGGAGCUCCUGCUUAUGCUUCAGUGUCCAAAGUGCAACCAUACAAUUCGGUUUUCUUGUUCAGGAUAAGUUUGCUACUCAAGGCUGAAGAUGAAUGACAUUGAUAGGGCUGCGAAAGCAUUGAAAGUGUAGGAAACAGAGUUCGUCUUCUCUAUGGUUUCAAAUUAGAGUGAACUUAAUGGUGGUUGCUUGCUCCCGAGGCCUUAGAGAAAGCAGUAGCUCUUGUAGAGAAAGGGAGGGAGCUUGGCACUAAUAGUUGGUGUAACUUGGCUGAUGUCCAGUCCAGGAAUUGUGGGGUGCCGAAGGCGGUGGAUUUAACAAGGAGGGAUCUUGCUUCCACAACAUCUCCAUUUCAUGUGAUCCUGAACCUGGAUCUAGCGCGACAUAUGUGCUACCGAGCCUGAACUGCUUCAUGGACCAAAAGGAUGAGUAUGGCACAGAAGAUGAUUCCUUUGACCAGGGAUGUUUAUCGUUACUUGCUGAAGUGAUAUGGCCGUGUGGUAAAGCGAGUGUCUGACUUGCUUGAGCAUAUGAACAAAUAUGGUCUUGAUGCUGAUGAAGAGACAAGUAUAAUCCUUCCUGGGGAGUGCAGUAGAUGCAUACCAUUAUGCAUCAGUAAAUGAUGUCAUUUUCGUUUUAUUCUCGUCCAUUUUUCUUCCCCCUUCAACCCUGCUUACGUGAAACACUGCAAUUCCUUGUUCAUGGCUACAUAGAGCACAGUGGCCUGUGGGUGUUCUGUACAGCUUUAAAUUUUCAAUGGGAUCAGAUACUACGGAACCGUUCGUUUGUUCAAA